GGUAAACGUCGUCGUAUUAGGUGAUGAGCAGAGGAGAACAAAAAAGUAUAAAAAUGGAUGAAAAGGAACAAAACUGAAAGUAGCAAUCAUAAUUCACAGAUUAUAUAGGUAGUGUUCUGUUCCUAUUCCAUUCCAUGCCUAGUAGCUAGUACCCUUCCUUCGCGUUAGUUACGGUCCUACAGAUAUAAGGGUUUUUGUAGGGUUUACCCUCUUAUUAUCCAUCUUUUCUUCUAUUCUCUUCAACAAUGGGGUCUUUGGAUAACGUAGCCGACAAACCAACAAAACAGGAACAAGAACAAGAACAAGAACAGGAACAGGAACCCAUACUGAAGGAACAAACGCAGCGGUUUUGUAUGUUCCCCAUUCGGUACAAGCAACUCUGGGAGAUGUAUAAGAAGGCCGAAGCCAGUUUCUGGACCGCCGAAGAGGUUGAUCUGUCCUAUGACGUGCAACAUUGGGAAACUUUGUCGGAUUCUGAGAAGCACUUCAUAACUCAUGUCCUAGCUUUUUUCGCUGCAUCUGAUGGAAUUGUAUUGGAGAAUUUGGCCGCAAGGUUUCUGAAUGAUGUUCAGAUUCCAGAGGCUCGGGCAUUCUAUGGGUUUCAAAUAGCAAUGGAAAAUAUUCAUUCUGAGAUGUACAGCUUGCUAUUGGAGACAUAUAUUAAAGAUUCAAAAGAGAAGCAUAGACUAUUCAAUGCAAUUGAAAAUCUUCCUUGUGUUGCAAGGAAAGCAACGUGGGCAGUAAAUUGGAUUCAUAGUUCUCAUUCAUUUGCAGAGAGACUUGUUGCUUUUGCAUGUGUUGAAGGGAUAUUUUUCUCUGGAAGCUUCUGUGCUAUAUUCUGGCUUAAAAAGAGAGGAUUAAUGCCAGGUUUGACAUUUUCAAAUGAGCUAAUAUCUAGAGAUGAGGGGCUUCAUUGUGACUUUGCUUGCCUUCUGUACAGUUUGUUACGGAAGCAGCUAGAUUCUGAAAAGGUUCAUAAGCUUGUAGAUGAUGCUGUUGAAAUCGAAACCGAGUUUGUGUGCGAUGCCCUGCCUUGUGCAUUGAUUGGAAUGAACUCAGAGCUCAUGAGUCAGUACAUAAAAUUUGUUGCAGACAGGCUAUUGGUUGCCUUGGGGUACGAGAAAAAGUACAAUGUAGACAAUCCCUUUGAUUGGAUGGAGUUUAUUUCCUUGCAAGGAAAGACUAACUUCUUUGAGAGAAGAGUGGGUGAUUAUCAGAAGGCAUCUGUAAUGUCAAGCCUCCAAGAUAGUGGGAAGAACUUUGUUUUCAAGCUUGACGAGGACUUCUAAUCAUGCUUGUUCUGUUACUGCUUCAAUUAGUAGGAAGAUGUUGAAUUGGGCAUCAGAAUUUUUGUCGUUUUUUGAGCAACAUUUUAGUCCACACAUGCAAAUUGUUCCUAGCGGGCUAGUUGGUAGGUCUCGUACCUUAAAUCAGGUCACUUGUAUAAUAUGUUUAGUUCUAUUGUUCAAUGGAAUGUAAUAUUUCUAGUCGUUGCGAACACGGCCAUGAAUACAGAUAUUCCUGGCUUCCAUUGUUAAAAUGACUAAUGACUCUCUUAACUGGGAACGACAAAUAUACAAAUUACUUUCUAGGAUUUUAUUA